UGGCGCGUGCGCGCCGGAAGUGGCGGCCGGCCUUUCCGGUGUGCGGCGUGAGGGCGGCGGAGGCGAUGCCGACCGGGGACUACGAUUCCAAGCCCAGCUGGGCCGACCAGGUGGAGGAGGAGGGAGGAGAAGAUGACAAGGUGAUCACCAGCGAGCUGCUCAAGGACCUGCCCCUGCCCGGGGUCCUGGGCGGCCCCUCCAGCGCCGAGGCCGAGCUGCUCAAGGGAGGGCCCCUCCCGUCCCCCAAGGAGGUCGUCAAUGGCAACAUCAAAACCAUCACCGAGUACCGCGAGGAGGAGGACGGGCGCAAGGUCAAGAUCAUCCGAACGUUCCGCAUCGAGACCCGGAAAGCCUCGAAGGCCGUGGCCCGGCGCAAGAACUGGAAGAAGUUCGGGAAUUCAGAGUUCGACGCCCCCGGGCCCAACGUGGCCACGACGACCGUGAGCGACGACGUCUUCAUGACCUUCAUCACCAGCAAGGAGGACCUCAACUGCCAGGAGGAGGAGGACCCCAUGAACAAGCUCAAGGGCCAGAAGAUCGUGUCCUGCCGCAUCUGCAAGGGCGACCACUGGACCACGCGCUGCCCCUACAAGGACACGCUGGGCCCCAUGCAGAAGGAGCUGGCCGAGCAGCUGGGGCUGUCCACGGGGGAAAAGGAGAAGAUUCCCGGGGAGCCGGAGCCGGUGGCCGCCCAGGUGAGCAAGACGGGCAAGUACGUCCCGCCCAGCCUGAGGGACGGGGCCAGCCGGCGCGGGGAGUCCAUGCAGCCCAACCGCCGCGCCGAUGACAACGCCACCAUCCGCGUCACCAACCUGUCCGAGGACACGCGCGAGACCGACCUGCAGGAGCUCUUCCGGCCCUUCGGCUCCAUCUCCCGCAUUUACCUGGCCAAGGACAAGACCACCGGCCAGUCCAAGGGUUUCGCCUUCAUCAGCUUCCACCGGCGCGAGGACGCGGCCAGGGCCAUCGCGGGAGUGUCCGGCUUCGGCUACGACCACCUCAUCCUCAACGUGGAGUGGGCCAAACCCUCCACCAACUGAGCCGCUCCCAGUUUGCUCCAGCUGGAUCCCAGUGGAUCCCAGUUUGUUCCAGUUGGCUCCCAGUUCAAUAAAGCCCCAGGUUCUGGUCACCGCC